AACUGUGAGCCCUAGCCCCGGGGUUCCUGCCCUCCCCUCAGCCACUCGCCGUUGCCAAGGUUUCCGUGUACGCGCUGCCUGUGAGAGCGGAGCCGCGCGGCUGUCAUACAGUACUGCCAGACAUGGCGGCGGAUCUACAACACGAGUGGAUUUCUGGUCUCCCUUCUUCCUGGAGUUACGGGGUUACUCGGGAUGGACGCGUCUUCUUUGUUAACGAAGAAGCCAAGAGUACAACCUGGCUGCAUCCACUAAGUGGCGAGGCGGUAAUAACCGGACACAGGAAAACUCCAGACCUACCCACUGGAUGGGAAGAAGGAUACACUUUUGAAGGAGCACGGUGCUUUAUCAAUCACAAUGAGCGCAAGGUGACCUGCAAGCAUCCUGUCUCGGGCUUAUCCUCACAAGACAACUGCAUCUUUGUCGUCAAUGAACAAUCUGCCUCCAAAGUUCCAGUGAAUGAGAAGAAGAUACGGCAAUUAAGCACCAUGAGUGAGGCCUCCAACGACACAGGUGGCUCAGACCACGCUGCAAACCCCAGUAGCCCAGCACCAAGACCCUCAAGACCUUCCAAAAAAGUUCAUAAUUUUGGGAAGAGAUCCAACUCUAUCAGGAGGAAUCCCAAUGCCCCAGUAAUCAAGAGAAACUGGCUUUAUAAACAGGACAGUACAGGGAUGAAGCUGUGGAAGAAGAGGUGGUUUGUGCUUUCUGACCUGUGCCUCUUUUACUACAGAGAUGAAAAAGAGGAGGGGAUACUUGGCAGCAUCCUCCUACCAAGCUUUCGUGUGUCCAUGCUGUCUGUGGAUGAUCACAUUAACAGGAAAUAUGCUUUUAAGGCGACACAUCCCAACAUGCGGACAUACUACUUUUGCACAGACACAGCCAAAGAAAUGGAGUCGUGGAUGAAAGUAAUGACAGAUGCUGCACUUGUGCAUUCAGAGCCAGUCAAAAGGUUGGACAGGCUAAAGGUAGAGCAGUGUGGACCACAAGAGAUCAACCAUGUGGCCAACCACAGGCCGCCACUCACACAGCCUGAGAUCCAGAACAAUGAACACAACCGCGAGGUUGCCCAUGAGUGCAAUGCAGCAGUGACCUCUACCACAGCAGAAGAAGAAAGGAAGCAGCGAGAUGCUGAGCGAUAUGGCUUCCAGAAGGACUGGGCAGAGCGUGAAAAUCCACUCACCAAAAUCAACAGUAUCAAACUGCAGCCAGCCCAGGAAGCAGUUGUCAAGGCUAACAUUGCCUCACCGCAGUCUCCAAGUGAGAUAGAUGGGUCAACCUUUAGUCCCCAGGUUAAUGGAUCUGGAGAGCAGUGUCCAGCUGAUGGAACUGGAGUCCAUCCUCAACAAAGUCCCAGCCACGAACCAGACCGCACACUGAGUAGGACCAACUCUAUGCAGCAACUGGAGCAGUGGGUUCGUACACAAAGAGGACGUAACCAGGAUGAUGACACCAGGAGCAUCACAUCAUACCAGACGCUGCCUAGAAACAUGCCAAGCCAUCGGGUACCCUAUAUGCCUCAUUAUGGAGAUGGCUAUCGCAGUAUGCCCAGGAAUAGCAUGGCACAGCGGGGCAGCAUCUGUAGCAUGUCGCCAUCUUUGUAUGACCAGGCACUGGGUCCCUCACCAGCUGACAAGCGCCGCUCCAUGCGGGACGACACCAUGUGGCAGUUGUAUGAGUGGCAGCAAAGGCAGGCAUACAGCAGGCCGCCAGGGCUCUACGGCAAUAUGUCCAGUCCCAAAACCAUGAUCAACCUGUCGGAGCAUGCUGCAAAUAGCCACUCAAUCCCUCCCUCGCCCUCCCAUGGCUCCCUGUCAAUGUAUGGUGGCUACUCCCCGAUGCGAUCCUACAACAUGAAUAAUGCUCGUUCUGAGGUUUCUUCUCCCAUCUACAGAAGAGAGAUGAGCAUCGACAGACGACACAGGCCACAACUCAGCAAGCAUGGCUAUCCAGCUGAUAGGACGUCUAUGCCUGCAGGGAUUCCAGUCCAGACUAUCACUACCCAGUCUCUCCAAGGCAAAACACCUGAGGAACUGACUCUUCUGCUAAUAAAGCUGCGGCGGCAGCAGGCAGAGCUAAACAGUAUCCGGGAGCACACUGUAGCACAGCUUAUGCAACUAAACAUGGAUGGCGACAACCCAAAGAAUGACAUUCUCUCCCAUCAUCUCCAAAGGAACCUCAUGUUUUUGGACAAUCAGAUGAAGGAAAAUGACCCUUUAAUCAUCAUGACUCACGCUUUGAUUGAGAACUCUGCCCCAAGGCCUCAACUUUACCAGCAAUUGAGUCCAGAAGACUUCAGAGAGCCUGUCUAUACAAGUUUUCCAGAAGAGGUUGACAUUGAUGCCAAACUCAGCAGGUUAUGUGAACAGGAUAAAGUUGUGAGGAUACAGGAGGACAAACUUCAGCAGCUAUACCGAGAGAAGCACACUCUGGAGACAGCACUGCUGUCAGCCAGCCAGGAGAUAGAGAUGGGGUCUGAGAGCCCAGCUGCCAUGCAGAGUGUCAUCCAGCAGAGAGACUUGCUGCAGAGUGGCCUGCUCAGUACCUGCAGAGAGCUGUCCAGAGCCACUGCUGAGUUGGAACGGUCAUGGAGGGAGUAUGACAAGCUGGAAGGAGAUGUGACUAUCGCUAAGAACAACCUGCUGGAACAGUUAGAGGCACUGAGAAGCCCUCAGACGGAGCCUCCCAGUCAGCAGCACGUCCACAUCCAGAAAGAGCUGUGGAGGAUUCAAGAUGUGAUGGAGGCUCUCGGUAAACACAAAGCUCAAAGAAAUGCUUCUGACGGCAUGAACUUCUGUGGGUCCAAAACCAACAAGCACAAAAAUGAGGAGGAGGACUCAGUACCCCCACGGCCACCGCUACCCCAGUCCUAUGAGCCCAAUCCCCCUACUGUGCCCCCUGUGCCCUCUCAUGCUGGUGUGCGCCCUUCAUCACUCCACAAGCUGGAGGACAGAAAGGCCAAUCAGAGGAAUGGCACACAUAGCGGUCCAGACUACAGGCUGUAUAAGAGCGAACCAGAACUCACCACAGUAGCUGAAGUGGACGAGGGCAAUGGAGAGGACAGAUCUGAACAUCUGUCUGAUAAAGAACAUUCUGGAAACAAAGGGAUGUCCUACCCAGUUGGCAUCGUCCCACCCAGGACUAAAUCUCCAGUGUCUGAGUCUUCUUCCAUAGCCUCGUAUGUUACGUUAAGGAAGAGCAAGAAGCCUGAUCCUAGGAUGGAGCGCCCACGCAGUGCAGUGGAACAGCAGCUGUGUGCUGCGGAGAGUGGCCGCCCCAGGAUGAGUGUGGAAGAGCAGCUGGAAAGGAUCCGUCGCCACCAGCAGGGUGCCCUCAGGGAGAAGAGAAAAGGCCAUGGCAUCAGGGGUAGCAGCCAGGGGAACACACCCUCUCGCAGUCACUCAUUUACUAAAGAAAACCAUUUCCGCAUCAUGCAGACCCAAAUGAGGCACAGAGGUGAGGUGAUGAACAAUGAUAUUCAGGAGUUGGAGGCCUCUCUCAGGCAGCAGAAGGUGGUGAGGGAGCAGGAGACUCCUGCUGAGGAGAUCACCCGUCUCAAACAAGUUUCACAGCCUGACCACUUCAACGUGGACAGAGAACUUUCUGUGCCUGACAAAGUGCUGAUUCCUGACCGUUAUGUGGAAUCAGACCCGGAGGAGGCUCUGAGCCCUGAGCAGGAGGCUGAUAAGCAGAGGAAAGUUGACCGCAUCAAGGCCCUCAUAGCCCAAAACAGCGUGCAGGGCGUGCUGCCUAGUUUGGCUCUAAGCCCAGAGGAGGAGACUGAAGAGGAGGUUACUGUACAGGAGAAAGAGAAGAUGAUUAAUAUCUCCUACAAGCUGGCAGCAGAGGCCUCCAAACGCAGCAAGCUGGUAGCAGUGAAAAGCCUGUCGUCCUCUUCCCCACCCCUUCCACAGUCCCCUAACACGCCCCCUCAGCUCACUGAUGGGUCUCACUUCAUGUGUGUGUAGUAGCGCCACUCAGGCUCUGGCCUCAGUGAGAACCUAUACAUGAAGGAAACGGCAAUAGAGCCAUAAAUAUACCCCUGCAGACCUGAAGACUUGUGCAUGGACAUCAGCACAAUGGCCUACAGAAAGUUGAACCGCAUACUCUGGUGUCCUGACCUCUGACUUCUGCAUGCUCACUGUGGCAUCCUAAGCUCCUUUGCCAUCAACGGCAUGUUCUUUGUGACAUCUCUGGGGGCGCCACACUCUCUUCAAGCUGCCGAGACAAUACAGCUUUGGCCGUUUUUAUUGUUGCAGUUCCUUUUCCAGUUUUCACAGGGCUUUUAUUUUUAUUAUUUACAUGGUUUUAUUGGGUUCUUGUUGGACUGUGAGCCAAAGGGUCUGUGACAAUUUCCAGUCAUCUUUCACCACAUGUCCAAAAACAUCUCACCAUGUUUUCAUAUGAUUUUAGUUCACUUAAGUCUUUUAUACUUCACUGUUUGUUUUUCAGACUUUGGUCAUCAGCUAACCAUUUGUAUUUAUCCAUUUUUUGUAAAGAUCAUUUGUUUAUUUGAGAGAUGAGUAUAUGAAAGAUAUACUGUAGCUCCCUCUAUGAUAAUGAAAGGAGGAGCCACUAUUUCUGCAGACUAAGAUUAUAAUUGUAAUUUCUCCUGUUUCUGGGUUAUAAUUAUUUAAAAUAGGAUCUUUUGUAUUCCCUGUCACGUUGUUGCUGACACUUAUGUGAAUGUUCUGGCUUAACUCGCUCUAUACUGUCUUUUUUUUUGUAUUGCUGAGAAAUAUAUUUAAACGGAGAGAAAACAGUUUGGUUCUAUUUUAUGGAAUGUUGGUUUAAAGUCCUAGAAAAAAGAUGAGCACAUGUAAAAAGCAAUAAAAACAAAAUACAGGAAUAAUGUUUUGUGUGUACAAAGUGUAAUUAUCAGAGAUUUACUGUGUAUAUAACGCAUAUGGUACAACAGGAUGGGUGGAUGUGUUCAGAAUAUGGUUACACACUAGAUCUGAUUUGAAAAUGUUCAUAACCCAUCUGUUUUAUAUUAUGUUAAAUAAAUGUUGCU